AUGUCCGAAAAAGCCUCUCCCUCCCUGGCAGCUGUCGCGGUCUCUUCCCUCAUCCUUGGCCUGCUGGCAGGCUACUUUAUCGGUCAAGGCUCUAGUAUUGGCGUCUUUGGCGGCACCGGAAAUGCGAAGCAAGUUAGGAAAAGCUGGCCAAACAGCUAUGAUGUCAAAAUCCACGCCGACUCGAGCGACGACCAGGCGGAUGACGAGGAUGAAGCGGACGACGAAGACGAAGAUGAUGGGAACGAGCUAAACGAUUUCAAGGACUCCACAGAGGAAGUGAAGCUCGUCUUAGCAGUGAGGACGGACCUGGGCAUGGGCAAAGGCAAGAUCGCAGCUCAAUGCUCCCAUGCGACUCUCGCAUGCUACAAAUACCUCCUCAACCAUGUCACUUCCGCUCCUUUACUGAAACGUUGGGAAUGGGGAGGACAGCCCAAAAUUGCAGUGCAAGUCAAGUCCGAAGAGGAAUUGGAGACGCUACAAGCACAGGCAAUCAGCUUGGGGCUGUGCGCGAGGAUCAUACACGACGCCGGAAGGACCCAAAUUGCCGCCGGCAGCGCCACGGUACUGGGUGUUCUCGGUCCUAAAAGUGUGGUCGAUCAAGUCACCGGUCAUUUAAAACUAUUAUGA